AAGGGGUUAAGGCGACUACGCCACUGUGUGAUUGACAUUUUAAGACAACUGAUUCUCGUGGUGGGCGUUGUAGUCUUAGUCAUUUUAAAGAGGUACGGGCUGAUUUUGUCUCAGAAGAAAUUAUCAAAGAACCUGCUGAAACACUCCGUGUUCGAGGAUGACUCUGAUGACGAGAUCACAGUUGGGGAGACUCUGCAGAAAGAAGCUGUCAAAAAGAAGAUGAUGAAGCAGACACGCCUGGAGAUGCACAAAGCCCUAGAACAGGACAGCUCUGUUUAUGACUACGAUGCUGUGUACGAUGACAUCCAAAAACAAAGACUCGAGACCAACAAAAAACUUCUGGGAGGCGCUGACAAGAAGCCAAAGUACAUUCAACAAUUAAUGAAAGCAGUUGAGGACCGAAAGAAAGAACAGGAACGAAGGGAUGAGAGGAAGAUCCAAAAGGAAAGAGAGGCAGAAGGAGAGCAGUUUGCUGAUAAAGAUGCUUACGUUACAUCCGCCUACAAGCUAAAACUGCAGGAGCAGAAGGAGGAGCUGGAGAAAGAAAAAAGAGUGGCAGCCAUGGAAGCGGCUUUGGACGUGAAGAAACAGAAUGAUCUGAGCGGCUUCUACCGCCACCUGCUGAAUCAGACCGUAGGAGAGGAGGCGAUACCGGAUCGCUCAGCAGACAAAGCUCAAAACUCAAAGGCUUCAGAAGAACCAGAGAAGACUUCCCCUGUUCCCUCAGCCAUGUCCCACGAUAAAAUUCCAAGUUCAUGCAGCGACAGCGAGGAGGGGCAUGAGCAGAAAUCUGGAUUUAGCAAGCACGGGGCAGGCUCUGGACACUCAAAACGGCAAUACAGACAGAGGUCACCUUCUUCAGGGAGCGGAGAGGAGAAGGAGAGAGCGAAGGAGCGAGAGAGGCAUACGAAGAGGCACAGGGAUCAGGAGAAAGACCGAAACAGGGGAAGGGAAAGGGACGACAGGCAUGGGGGGAGAAGGGACGACAGGGAUGGAAGGAAAGACAGGGACCGAGGCAGAGAAGAUGACCGGGGCAGAGGCAGAUAUGAUGACAGGGGCAGAGGCAGAUAUGAUGACAGGGGCAGAGAAGAUGACCGAGGCAGAGGCAGAGAAGAUGACCGAGGCAGAGGAAGAGAUGAUGACCGAGGCAGAGGAAGAGAUGAUGACCGAGGCAGAGGGAGAGAAGAUGACCGAGGCAGAGGAAGGGAUACAGACAGGGAGGAUAGGCAUGGCAAGAGGGAGAUGAGUCCUAAGGAAAGAGAGAAGGAUAGGAAUGGGGAAAGGGAAAAGAGAAGGAAUCAAGAGGAAGACAAACGUAAGGACAAAGAUCAGGAAGAGGAGAAGGAGAGUAAGAAGCAUCCAGAAAACGAGAAGGCAGUGAAGAGCGAAGAAACAGACCCAGAAAAGAAGGAAGCAGUCGGUGUAAAGAGCCCAGAACUCAAAGAUGAUCAGGAGCAGGAAGGCGAGGAUGUAGAGGAAAAGCCCAACAAGUUUGCAAAGCGCAGCACGGAUCAGACUGUAGGCUCGGCGAGGGACAGGUACAUGGCCAGACAGAUAGCCCGCUCGUCCUCUAAGACUUACAUAGAGAAGGAGGAGGACUGAGAGCUGUGCACCACAAUGUAGAAGGCUUAUGUUAUUUGAUGUCUGUUUUUCAACAAACCUAAAGAGAAACCCAAGUUGACCGAAAAGGUAAAUCUUUAAAAACAGACUCUUUUUCAAGGCUCAAUGAAGUAGUUGAGCACUGUACUUUUUGCAACCUUUCUUCUAGCAGGAAUAAAUCAUUCUACUAUGUUAUUUUGCUUCUGUUGGGUAUUGAUUUCAGCCUUCAUUUGGUGCUCUAGUGAGUAUUUACUAAAGUACAGAAGUUAUUAAAGUAUUAUGAUUUAACUAAAAAAAGGGAAUGGUACGUUUUCUAGUCUUCCAACCAUGGAGCGCUUUAAAACUAAAUUGCGUCACUCACCCGUUCGCAGCCAUCCAUGCAGGGACGGCAGGAGAUACUCUGCAAGCUGCCACCUGCCCAUCAGAACUCUAACAUUCAUACAGCUGUAGCACAGCUAUGAGACACAUCGACGUGUAGCAGCAGAGCCGGGCAUUGAAAUGAGCCACAUCUGCAGUAUAAUUCCCAUGUUCACUUUAAUUAAAAAACAUUUCAUUGAUGUAAUAGGUUUGGCCUUAGCUACCCUUGUUUUAGUCUGUUUGUGGCAUCUGCUGACAAUAAGAACUAUUAAAAAUAUAUUGCCGACCUCAUCCCGUAUCUGCUGACUCCACUUAUUCACUGCAGGGGACAGAUUCAAACAGUAGUGUGCUGGUCUUCAGUGAUGAGAGGGAGUUGGACAGUAGCUUUCUCCUGAACUUGAAUUGGUGCAUUUGGGGUCUAUACUGUUUUUUAAUGAAUACACAAACUUGUAAAUAUAAGUUUUAGCAGUUGACCUGUGUAGAAUCGCACACAGGACGGAGUGUAUAAAGUUAUUGUGUAAUUCAGAAGAACAGAACAACGCAUGAUGUUGUGUUUGAUCACUUGUUGAAUUUUUGUACUUUUUCCCCAUGUAGUCAGUGAUGAGUUAAUAAAUCAUUUCCGCUUCACACCUUU